AUGGAUUCUUGGGUUGAUACAGCAAACCCACUAUCAAGCACAUUUGGUGGCUUGGGUAAUGGUAUCAGCAAUGUCCUCAACUUUUCUGACCCACUACUAAGUCAAAUCAUUAAUUCAAAGAAAGCAUUGCAAUUGCUAGACUCCGAAUUCACAUCAUCGAUAAUAGCAGCAGCUGAUGGCGAAAACGCAUCCGAAGAGAACAAAGACAAAUCUAUAAUUGAGCUUCUUCUAAGCUCAAGUGAUGGAGAUGUUGUAUCUUUGGAGCGUAUAUCCAGAGCAUAUCCAGAAUUGGUUAACAAAUUGUACCCUAAUGAAAGUGGCGGAGUUUCUGCCUUGAUCUAUGCCAUUUGUUUCAACAACGAUGAUAUCGUGGCUUCAUUAUUGGAGAACCAUAGUGCAGACCCGGAUUUGCAUGAUACUAUUGUCUAUUACACGCCGAUUAUGUGGGCAGUAUAUUUGAACCAAAUCGAUAUGGUAAAACUAUUGGUCAAUUCGCAAGCUGACCCUUACUUGAGUCCCAGAAAUGAUGGCAAAAACGCUAUCACUUUGCUUAAUCCAGAGUCUCACGAGAUUGUAGAGUAUUUCAAAUCGCAUAACUUGUUAAAGCACAAGGGCACUGAAAAUGAACAGGAUGUGUUCACAGCAAAUACAUUCACGCCUAUAGAUGAAUUUGAAGAUGACCUUCUGACAAAGUUGAAAUUGCAAACAUUGUCAGCCACGAUUGACGAGGAAAAUGAAGAAGAACCCGUUCAUGAAGAAGACGACGAGAUUGCACUCGCCCAAGAUCCUGUUAUACCCAGACUUCCAGACUUUGUAUAUGACAAGUUAGUUCCAGAGCAGUAUAUCAAAUUUACAGACAGUGACAUUCCUUCCUUGAUUAAUUAUAUAUUCAGGUUGAGGUCAGAUUUAACCUACCAACACAACACCGGGAUCCCAGCGGCUAUUUUGUUUCAAUUGGUUCGCUUUUCUCAUAUGAAAGUGGAUUCAAAUGAGUUGACGGAAUUCUUGUUUGACUGUUUCACUGCAAGACUAAGGUCCAUCACUAAUACCAAGUCUGGAGCAUUCAAUAUGGCAUUGCAAGAGGAUACCAGUGCUAUGGGUGCUGGAGAUAUAGUGCUACUUAGUUAUUGGCUUUCCGCGUUGCAAUUUUUGCAUUUUUACUUUAGCAAGGGCAAGAUUUACUCCAAGUUUCCUCGGUUCUUACAGGAGAUUAUAAAUCUUGUUCAAUCAAUUAUUGCAACAUUGUCAUUUUCCAUCAAUUCUCGUUUGAACUUGUUGGUGAAUGAUUGUAUUUUGAAUUUCACCAGUUUAAUUGAUGUUUCCAACACAUUAUAUGCCAAAGAUUGGAACCUUUUCAAGAAGAACAAAACCCAUCCUAAUAACUACGAUGACAUUUUGAACACAUUGUAUCCUCCAACUCAGAAUGAGUUGAUGAAACCAUCACCAUUAAGAUACAUCCAAGUACUUGGUGCUUUAGACUAUGUGUUGAAAAUACACCAUGUCGACAAGCUAUUUCGAGUGCAAACAUUUUCACAGGUGUUUUAUUACAUUGACUGUAUCAUCUUUAAUAGUAUCAUCAGUCAAAGCAGGUACUGCAGUAGAGCCAAGGCUGUUCAGAUCAGGCUCAACAUCUCUGCCAUUGAGGAUUGGCUUCGGUCUCGUGACUUGAGGGUAUAUAAGCAUGAUGACAUUGGUGGUUUGAACAAGUUGGUUGGAGAUUCCAACGUCCAGUUGCAUAACUUGUUGAGUGAAGACAAGUCAUUACUGAAGAAGGAUCCUAGAAAUUUGGAUUUCUAUUACGAUUCCAUCUAUCAUAUAUGCAAACACCAGUUACAGCCAACAAUAGAAUUAUUGCAAUGGCUUCAAUGCAUGACUUCCUUGAAUGAUGAAGAAAGUCUAAUCAAUACAAUCAAUCAAUUUGACUAUUUGAAUUACUAUCAGUUAUAUAAAGUUGCUCACAAGUUGUACAAGUAUGCUGUUGAUGAAACAAAAUUGCCGAAGAAGUCUGUCAAUUUCAUCAAAGCCUUGAUGAACGAACAGGGUGAGAAUCAGGUGAAUAAAAGCUUUCAGCAUUACAUGACACAAUCAACAUUUUUAUCCAAAGAAGUUUAUGUUUACUUGAAUCCAAAUUAUAUUUUUGAGAUUGCAUUACCAAAUCUAACGGAAUUAAUCAACACGUAUGGAUCAGGUACCGGUGGAGUUAGAAUAUUGAGGGCUAAAAAGUACCAACCUACUUUACCUAUUAGUGUUGUUGAUGAUAUUGAUGAAAUAUUGACUGAAAACAGAAACUUGGAAAUGAAUGAUACGUAUGACUAUGAAAAGGAUGAUGAUGCCGAUGAAAAUGGUGAAACUGAUGAUGACGAGCAAACUAAAAAGAAGGAUAAUGGUCUGAGUAAACCUGACGCUGAACGACAAACUAGUUUUAAAGGAGAUGAGUUGUUUAAAAGUGUACAAAUGCCAAAUUCGCUUUUACAUAGAAAUUGGGGUGAUUCAGGAGUGGAUGAUUUUGAAACUAACCCGUGGUAA